AUGGCUGCAAAAGUCGUGACUCUCGGUGUUACGUUCUAUACUGCAGCCCAGCUUGAGACCAUCCUCGAAUGCGCGGACCCUCAAUUCUAUUCUACACCAACUAACUCUACUGCAAUAAUCACAAGUACUGUUUAGUACCUUCAAAUGUAAUAACAUUUUUUUUAUUUUUUCAGCCGCAAAAAACUGCAUCAUCAACAACUCUGGAAGCAAAGCUAUUACUGCUCUCAGCUUGUACACAAAUAGUAAGAGAUGAAUAUCCUAAUGACAAUUUCAUUCUUAAUGCGGCAUGAAGUUUCUUGUUCGCCUACAUUGAAAAUCAGCGAAAUUCAAAUUCAUGCAAUAUUUUCUUGAUGUGGCCUAGGCCAAGCUUGCAAUUAAUUAUUUUCAGUUAAUAGUUGCCUUGAUCCUGACGAUAUCUUAUCACUUGCUGAAACGUGGGCAACCCCAGGCAAGAAGCUAGUGAAAGUUCUUCUGAACAAGGUUUUUUCUUGAAUUUUUUGUAACGCAAAGUUGAAAAAAUUUCAGUGUGUAAAAAAAUUGAAAGCAUGCAAAGCGGCAGGAAGUACUCAAGAAGCUUGCCUUCAGAAACUGUAUGCUAUUGCGAAGGCAGCAAUCACAAAGGCGUAUGUUGAUAAAAUUUGCACAAAGUUUGUAGAACAGGUAAGCUAGUAGAAGUGGUAUUACGCAUUCGCCGGCUUGUGCUACUUGACGCUUUUCUCAACGGCGAGGGACGCGUGGUGCGAAAAUUUUAGAAUUACUUAGCAAUGCGCGCUGAGGUCCUGCUUUUUUAAAUUCGAGGCGGAUACGGUAGAUCAGUAUUUUUUUCUCAUUUUUUUGUAUUGUUGGAGAGAAAUGAAGGGAAGAUUGUAUAUUUACAAACCCUUUCAGUCAUUUUGUUAACAAUUGCAACAGAAAGCGUCUGAAAUCGGAUUUGUUCAAAAAAAUGAGAUAUCGUGAUCUACCGUUUUCUAUUAUAUUCUCCGAAGUGUGCGACUUGACGCGAUUCUCGACGGCGGAUCUCGUAAAUACUAAGCGUCAAACUCUGGCAAUUCGAUAUUAAUCUAAUUAGAAAGUUACUGAUCUAAACGCGACCUAAUUAGAUUCGACUGUUUUUUCUUGGCGAAAUCGAGAUUUAAGCCAGCAGACGGUUGGCGUGAAACUUGAUUUGAGCACUUAUUAGCUAGAAGAUUUAUUAAUCUAGCUAGAAAAUGUAUUAAUCUAUUAUAAUUAGGUGUCAUAUCAAUCUUAUUAGGCCGCCGUUAGAUUAAUAACGAAAUGCCAGAGAACGCACACUCCGGCGAAUGCAUAAUAUCAGUCUCGUAUUUAAAGGCGCAGAACUUCCGCACGCGUCGCAAGCUUGAAAAUGUUCACUGUUUUUCGCCUCCAAAAGGCUUCACGUCGCACAGUCCGGCGAAAUGCAUAAUAAUAUGUAGAGCGCUUGAGAAAAUAGUAUUUUUCAGAACAUGGAUACAACUCAGUACGCGUGCGCAUUGAAAUAUGCUCCACAAGUCGUAAACAUUACAGGAUACACGUGUGCAACUCUUACCAUCUAA